AUUAUAGGUUAAUUUUCCCUAUAACCUAUAUCUUCCGGUAUUUUGGAGGUAAAAACAGAAAGGAAAAUUAUUUUGGGGAUUAUUUUGAGCCCACAGAGUACCUGGCUUAAGGCAGAAGGACGACACGCGAAAAUUGCGUCUUCGCGGAAGUCAAAUUCCCUAAUUCCGGACGUCAAACGAGAGCAGCCAUUUGCCUACUCACCAAAGCUGUGGACGCUGUCGAUUGUAGUUCUUGGUUAGGUUUUACCUGGUAUAUUUUGGAGUGGGGAAUGAUGAUUAUAAUCCUAAUGAUUUGAGAUCAAAAUGGAAAACGCAACGUUUGGACUAACUUGGGAGGACGCGACUACGGUCGUGCAAACAGAGGAGGUGAUAACAACGAUAGAAAAUGAAAUAAUUCCGUCCCAAUCGGAGGAAUUUAUGGACGAAGUUGAAAAUGUCAUGGAGGAAGAAUUAGUAGACGAUGUCGGAAUGGUUGAGGAAGAGGUUGUUCAAGACAACUCCCAGCUGGAUCAGGAGGUUUUAGAACAGCAAGAUGGGGAACUGGUAUAUCUCUCAGACGGUAAUGUCAUAGUCAUGCAAGAAAAUCAAGAAGAGGCCUAUUCCGAAGAUCAGCUAAUGGAAGUGACUGAGGAAGUUAUAACCGACCAGUGGGGUGAAAGCUAUCCGGAAGAAAUAAUCGUGGGAUCUGAAGAAGCUGUUAGUGCUACAGGCAGUCAAACGCCUGGAGAUGAGGACGAUAUUCCAUUGCCGACAGACCAAGACGAAUAUACAGCUGCCAGACCAUAUCCAUGCGACUUUUGCAGCCGAAGAUUUAGAAAAAAAGCAAAUCUCAUGAACCAUAUGGUGGCACAUCAAACCGAUCGCCCGCAUGGCUGUAACCUAUGCGGAAUCCGGUAUGUGAGAAAAGCGGAUUUAAUGAACCAUCUAAAAAGCCAUGCAUAUAUCUCAGACAAUGCGCCAAUAGAGGAAGACGAAGACACUUCAUUGGUUGAGGAUGGUUUUGAUAGGGCUGAGAGGAAAGCUCGGGGUUAUGGUAAACGGAAACGCAAGAAGCCCGUAAAAGACGAAUACGAAAGUGUGUUUGUACCUGCGGAUACAGCUUCCUCAAGCGCUCAGUUUGAAUACACUGAGUCGGGCGAUAUUAACUAUAUGGUUGGAGAAGCGGAAAGUAACAGCGAGUAUAUAUCGAAUCAGGAUGAAAUAAAAUAUCCUGUUACGGAUCCAAAAAAACCAUUUGUUUGUCAACAUUGUGGGGUGGCUUUUGCACGGGAAAAAGCAUUGGCUUCACAUGCCCGAGUACAUGGAGGCGACAGCCCCUUCGAAUGUCAGACAUGUGGCGAAAUGUUUUGGGAUAUUGCCCUUAUGCAGGAACAUGCCCGGACAAAACAUGGAGAAUUAGAGGAUUACGAUGACGACGAAGACGAGGAUUAUUCUGACUCGGAAGAAACCAAAUAUGGAACAUUUUACUGUCCUACUUGUGGACUUUCUUUCCACAGACAGGACAACUUACGCAGACAUAGCAGAAUUCACAUCAAAGAGGAGUAUGUGAAUGAAAAUGAACUUGGUCACAUCUGUAACGUGUGCGGAGAAUCAUUUCAGGAAGCCUUAGAUCUUCUGGCACACGCAGAGGUGCAUGCUCGUGGGUCAGAAUAUCGCUGCAUGAUUUGUGGUGAAGUUUGCCUGGAAGAAAUGGUUCUAUCAAACCAUGUCCAGAGUGCUCAUAAGAAUUUGCCUCCACAUACUUGCAUUUUAUGUGGUCGCACCUGUAAGGAUAGCAGAACUUUACUGAAACAUUCAUGGGAGCACUCUAAGGAUAAACCAUUUGGGUGCACAAGAUGCAGCAAGACCUUUCAUAAUAGGGCUCGGCUAAAAAGGCACAUGCUUUCACACAGAAACAAAGUUGUCACUUGCGAUGUGUGCGGCGAAGAUUUUGCGGACGGUCGUAGUUUGAUGAAUCACAGACAUAGUCAUACCAGCAUAUCUGGGCGUCAGUUUCCUUGUAAAGAAUGCGGGAAAACUUUUGGAUCGAGAAGUUCCCAGCAAAUACACAUUCGCAUCCAUACAGGUGAAAGGCCGUAUGGGUGUCGAUUUUGUUGGAAAGCUUUCGCAGAUGGCGGAACUUUAAGAAAACAUGAAAGAAUUCAUACCGGAGAAAAACCUUAUGCGUGUGCCGUAUGCCCUCGGGCUUUUAACCAACGAGUGGUUCUCAGGGAGCACAUCAGGUCCCAUCAUUCAGGCCCCGAUCCGAAAUACUCUCAUAGCAUGACCCCUUACUGCUGCACUGUGUGUUCAGAUAUGUUCGCUACAUCACAGGACCUAAUAUUGCAUUUGAUUCAUCACUGCGACAUGAACACUGCAAUGAAAAGGCAGCCACAAGUUGGCCCGCGUAAAUACAAACGACGAAGUACUACUUCUGAUUUUAGGCGAAAACUCAAGCCGCAUGAGUUGGAUUCUAUUGCAGCGCACAAUCAACUGGCCGAAGAGAGGUACAAUGCCAGACAAGAAGAAGCUGUGGAUCAAGAGUAUCAAAAUCAAUUAUCCGAAGAGGAGCCCGAAGUAAGGCGGCGCACGAGAAAGGCGUCUGUGAGAAAAGUGUCGACUUCAUCGCCUAAAGCAAGCAUUAGCGAAUCGGUAUCGGAGAUCUACAAUAGCUUACAUACAAUCGAAAGCAAUGAUUCAGUAUUGCUUCCCAAAUCGCCCACUUCUAAAGUGAAGUAUACUAAAAAAAAAAUAAACGAGGGUGUCCCCAUUCCGUCAAGGCCGAAAAUGAUCCAUACUCAAAAAACCAGAGUGCCAGUUGAGACUGGAGAAGAUGGACGAAUUCGACAUAAAACUCGAACUUUAGUUACCAGGACACAACCAGCUGAAAUAAAAUCAUCUACAGGGGAACGCAUCAGACCGAGAACUAAAAACGUCAAUUAUCAUAUAUUGAAUGCAGAAAAACUGCCGUUGGCCACUUUCCCAAUCGACGAUCAGACAGAAGAAGCCGUCGAAAAUUUAUUAAGGGAAACUGUUGACGAUUCGGCCAAUGGGGAAGUGCUAACAGAAGAGUUUGUGGAAGAAACGGAUAUUGCCGCUGAGCAAAUCGUAGAGACUGAAGUGCCAGUCCCAGUUAGCCUUGUAGAAGUACGGACCAGAAGAAAUAGCACUCGAAGUUCUAGAAAUGUUAUUGGUCCUGGUAGCAAAGUAAGAUUGGUCAAAGAAGGCAUGGUCGUUUCAAAAAUUAGACGGUCCAGUGAGUCCCAAAAUGAACCCGAAUCUAUUUUGCCAGAUAUACACCAUACUGAUCAAAUUUACGUGAAAGACGAACACCACAACAAUCAAAAUCAGCAUGACGAUGUCGUUUCAGAAGCACCAGAGAAUAUAUCGGAAUAUACCUCCAAGAUGCAAAAUAUCAAAAGAGAACUGAUGGAUCCAAGUGCACUUCACGAGCUGGCAGAAAUUUCCAUGAGACAUGCUAACAGUGCAACUAACAACAUUUUUAAAUGCGAAAUGUGUGACGAAGUUUUUACUGAUAGAGGACAGUUAUUAGUUCACGUUCCAAUACAUAUUUGAUAAUAGGCGAAGAAGUCCACUUCACUUACUUAUCGUUCCUGUGUAACAGAUGAAAUAGUUUUGCUGAUUCAAAGUGCUCUAAUUGCACGUACACCGAUUCAACGGGUUCAUGAUCUUUUUACAAAAUACAUGGAAAUUCUGACAUGUUUAUAUUUUUGUAAUAUAAUUACUAAACAGUUUUAAAACCUGUUUCGUAUAAUGCAAUACUUGUAUAAUCCGUAUAUAUAUUUAAUUGUUAAAAGCAAGCCUUUAGCUACAGGAUGUUGAACUUAAUUAGCCAAUUUUAACGCUUAUUAUUGUAACAGUUUUUGUACUCUUAUUGCAUAUUAAUUUAAGCAAAAGUGCUCAGGUAACAUGCCAAAUCUAUUGCGUGCACUUUUCAUUAUUUUAGUUUGAUCUUUUGGCAGAUAAUUUAAUUCGUGGUUGCACGUUAUGUGAAAAAUGCUAUAAAUCAAAGUGUAUUUAAAUAGAAUACAAAGUAUGAUUAAAUAGAAGCCAUUAAUAAAACAAUUUCUCAUCCAUCGGUAUAUAUUCGAGCAUUGUUUUAUACAUGUUUAGUUUAAUUAUUCAAGUUUAGAUUGACAGUUUGUAUGUUAUUGCACAAUUGUCAAUGAGGAUGUAAAUAACAUGUAGGUUUAGUGGAUAUAAGGUAAGAAAUUCCCAAUAUUUGAUGGAUUAAAGUGUUAAUAGGCA